CGGCGAGGGGGGAGGGGGAGAGAGAGAAGGAGCGAGAGCGAGAGUGAGACGGGAGGUCUGUCCCUGCUGUGGACGCUGCCCCCCGCCCGCACCCUGGACGGCCAGUGCCGCUGCAGGAGGGUGCACGCGCUCCCCGCCGGCGCCUGUGCCGAGCCCCCGCGCCGCUCCCUGCCGCGGCGGCACCCCCCUGCCGCCGCCGCCGGCCUCUCGUGGCCAUGGCGGAGCCGGCGGAGGAGACGGUGCUGUACGUGGAGCACCGCUACGUGUGCUCCGAGUGCAGCCACCUCUCGGCCUCGCUGGAGGAGGCCCUGCUGCACCAGCAGAGCCACCUGGGCCCUGAGCAGCACUACGAGGUGGUGGGGCUGGCCGGGGACUACCAGGCCUUGGCGGUGCCGGAGAGCAGCCAGUACCAGUGCCUGGAGUGCGGGCAGCUCCUGGUGUCACCCGGGCAGCUGCUGGAGCACCAGGAGAUGCACAUCAAGCUGCUGAGCCAGGAGCCCGAGCCGCCGGCAGCCAAACCGCCCGCCGCCGGGCAGAUCCACUACGAGUGCGUGGAGUGCAAAGCCCUCUUCAGCAGCCAGGAGGUGUGGCUGGCCCACCGGCAAAGCCACCGGGCCCCGGCGCCCGAGCCACCGGCGCCCGAGCCAGCCCCGACCGCGGCGCCGGGCCCCGGCCAGGCCCUGGUGGACCUGGAGCACUCGUACCGCAAGCCGGAGGAGGCCGGGGCCGAGGGCGGCACCGUGCAGCUGCUGCUCUACGAGUGCGGCGAGUGCCUGCAGCUCUUCCAGACGCCCAAGGACUUCCUGGAGCACCAGGCCACCCACCUGGCCGCCCCGGAGGCCCCCGCCUCGCCUGCCGCGCCGGCGCCUGCCGCGCCGGCGGCCAACGGCGGCGAGGUGACGGCCGGCGACCACAGCUACGAGCUGAAGAACGGCCCCGAGGAGGCGGCGGCGGCGGGGGCGGCGGGCGGCUGGCGCCCGUCGCGGCGGCCGCGCCGCGGCCCCCAGGAGCACUGGUGCGCCGAGUGCGAGCAGCUCUUCCCCUCGGCCCACCAGCUGCAGCUGCACCUGCGCUGCCACCGCCUCGGCGCCUUUCAGUGCCCGCUCUGCAGCAAGGUGCUGCCCUCGCCGCCGGCGCUGGAGCAGCACCUGGGCGGCCACAGCGGCGAGUCGCACUUCCUCUGCCUGGACUGCGGGCUGGCCUUCGACACCGAGGUGGUGCUGCUGGCCCACCGCCGCACCCACUCGCCCAACCCGCUGCACCGCUGCCCCUGCGGCAAGGCCUUCAUCAACAUGACCAAGUUCCUGUACCACCGCCGCACCCACGGGCCGCUGCCGCCCGCCCCGGCGCCCGCCGAGCCCAGCCCCGCGCCCGAGGACGCCCCGCCGGAGCCGCCGGAGGCCAAGAAGCCGGGGGACGUGGUGCCGCUGGCCAUCAUCUACUCGGUGGACGGCGGGGAGACGCAGGGCCCCAGCUUCCGCUGCCUCAUGUGCAGCAAGGUGUUCUCCAAGCACCUGCAGCUGGUGCGGCACCAGCGCUUCGUGCACCGCCUGGAGCGCCGGCACAAGUGCCCCACGUGCGGCAAGAUGUUCAAGAAGAAGUCGCACGUGCGCAACCACCUGCUGACGCACACGGGCGAGCGGCCCUUCCACUGCAAGGAGUGCGGCAAGAGCUUCAACUCGCAGGCCAACCUGCUGCGGCACCGCCUGACGCACACCGGCGAGCGGCCCUACCAGUGCGAGGUGUGCCAGAAGCGCUUCACGCAGUCCUCCACGCUGCAGCAGCACCUCUUCGUGCACAGCCGCCGCUACCCCUACAAGUGCCAGGAGUGCGGCGUGCACUUCCACCGGCCCUACCGCCUCCUCAUGCACCGCUACCACCACACGGGCGAGUACCCCUACAAGUGCCAGCAGUGCGGCCGCUCCUUCCUGCUGCGCCGCCUGCUCGACGUGCACCAGCUGAGCCACGCGGGCCGCGAGCCCCAGGUGUGCGGCGGCUGCGGGGCCGCCUUCGUCACCGCCCUGCAGCUCCGGGAGCACAAGUGCGGCAAGGUGAGCCGCCGCUUCGAGUGCCCCACCUGCGGCAAGAAGGUGGGCUCGGCCGCCCGGCUGCGGGCCCACGAGCGGGUGCACGGCGGCGGCGGCGGCGACGCGGCCCCCACGGUGGCGGCCCCCGCGGCGGCGGCCCCGGCCCCGGCCCCCCGGCGCCCGCCGUGCCCCAAGAGCUUCGAGUGCGGCGAGUGCAAGAAGCUGUUCAGCACGGAGACGUCGCUGCAGGUGCACCGGCGCAUCCACACGGGCGAGCGGCCCUACCCCUGCCCCGACUGCGGCAAGGCUUUCCGCCAGUCCACCCACCUCAAGGACCACCGCCGGCUCCACACCGGCGAGAAGCCCUUCAAGUGCGAGGAGUGCGGCAAGGCCUUCACCAUCGCCGUGCGGCUGGCCGAGCACCGCCGCAUCCACACCGGCGAGCGGCCCUACCGCUGCGAGGCCUGCGGCAAGGCCUACCGCUCCUUCUCCAACCUCUGGAAGCACCGCAAGCUCCACCAGCAGCAGCGGCUGCAGCACGAGCGCGAGGCGCUGGCCGAGGCGCAGGCGGUGGCCGCCGCCGCCGCCGACGCGCAGGACUACGGCAGCGCCCUGGCCAUCAUGGAGACCAUCGAGAUCUACCCCGCGCCCCCCGAGGCCGAGGGCGCCCCGGCCCCCGCCGGCCCCCUGGACGACGUCCCCGUCGGCGGCGUCUGAGCGGGGCCGGGGACCCCCGCUCUGCCGGGCGAGCGGGGCUGGCGGCCCUGUGCCCCGCUCCCCUCCUCCCCCGCCCCGGGUGUGUCCUCCGCGGUCCCAGCUCUGCCCCGGGGGGUUCUCGCCCCGUUUUGGGGGGUGACGGGGGCUGCUGGCCCCCUGUCACCCCCCUUGGGGAUGGCCCGGCUCUGCCCCGGGGGGUUCUCCCCCCGUUUUCGGGGGUGACAGGGGCUGCUGGCCCCCCGUCCCCCCCCUCGGGGAUGGCCCGGCUCUGCCCCGGGGGGUUCUCCCCCCGUUUUCGGGGGUGACAGGGGCUGCUGGCCCCCCGUCCCCCCCCUCGGGGAUGGCCUGGCUCUGCCCCGGGGGGUUCUCGCCCCGUUUUGGGGGGUGACGGGCUGCUGGUCCCCUGUCACCCCCCUUGGGGAUGGCCCGGCUCUGACCCGGGGGGUUCCCCCCAUUUUGGGGGUGGGGGUGACAGGAGCUAGUGACCCUGUGUCCCCCGCCCCCCUCCAGGGACGUCCCCGGGGUGCAGGGGGGGGUCAGCGCAGCCCCUCAGGGGCCUCUCGUUUUGGAGGGGGGUUGCAGGGCUGUUCCUCCCCCAAUGGCCCCCACGCUGCUGCACCCCAGGUCGCAGUGGGGCAACAGCCUCUGCGAUCCCCCCCACACACCCUGUCGCCGUGGGGGGGUUGUUGUUUCCUGUUGCAAUUAAAUGAGCGAGAUGGACUCAAAA